GGAGGGCAGAUGAGGGGGCGUCAGGAACAGAAAGAGAGAGAGUGAAAGAGUAACUCAUUAGCUCAUUACAGCAGUAAUUCUCUCAUAUUCUUCCAAUGGUUAGGGAGUGUGUUAGUUAGCCACAGUUUAAAGAUCUCUAUAAAGGACAGCUACAGUAGGUGGACAAGAGAGCAAACCAUCUAAUUGAGCAUUUAACAUUUAACAAUUAUUGUUUUUAGGGAAGAUUAACUCAUGACUAGAAUAUGGACUUGAAGAAGUAAACUGCUUUAUUAUUUUUUGAGGAAUCCCUGGAAGAAGAUCUGGAGUGUGUGGAUCAAGAGCUUGAAGAAUGCAGGCUGUGCCUGGUUUUAGGUGCAGAGAGCAGGGCGAGGGCUCUUUGCAGCAACUCAUGCCAAGAAUGGUACGGGUAACAGGAGCAGGAGGACCAGCCUCGAAUGCUGGGGGUCUCCAGGGGCCUCUCAGAUCUUCGAAACCCCCUCGUGAGCUCAGUGCGGAGGAGCAACAGGAGCUGCGGAGAAAGAUUAACAGCCGUGAGAGGAAGAGAAUGCAGGACCUCAACGUGGCCAUGGAUGCUUUACGGGAGGUCAUGGUACCCUACUCUUCUUCUCCCACCGGUGUAGGGGGAACACUGCAGCACCCUUAUCUCCCUACUGGAGUCCCUCCAACCGGACGGCGCCUAUCCAAAAUCUCCACGCUGGUGCUGGCUCGUAACUACAUCCUGCUCUUAGGCUCUUCCUUGCAGGAGAUGAGGCGUCUGCUGGGCGAGGUCAGCAUUGGGAUGGGCGUUAGUGGGACUGUACCACGUCUGCUGCUGACAGGAGGGUGGCCAUUUCUCACCGGGCCGGGACAGCUUCUGCUUUCCUCCCCUGAGCAGCAACUGGGUGCAGCAAAGUGCCCUCUCCUGCCUCAGGGUGCCCAAGAGGAGCCCUUGGCUUGGGGGUCAGGCAGCAUGUCGGAGAGCCCAGUGUGCCAGUGUGGGGUGUGCCGGACCCCACGGGUGGUGCACGUUAAUCCCGCCACACGCUUCCCAAAGUGAUUCCAACAUGCCUUGGAGAAAGGCUAAAAAAGAACAAUACAACAACAUGCAGUUUUUUUAAUGUCUGUGGAGGGUGAGGUGUUUGGUUAUUGAAUUUUUCUGUAACACAUUACAUAAUAAGGUCCAAUUUGUUAACCUUAUGCGUAGUUUACCCAAUGACGUCAUGAUGUUUUUAAAUCUGUUUGACUUUCUUUUGUGGAACACAAAAAAUGAAAUCGAUUUUUUUUUUCAAUAGAAGAAAAAAAGGUUUGGAAUUGUGAGUAAAUGAUAAAAAAUUUUCAUAAACAAACAUUGAGCAAUACUUUUACAGCAUUUAUCAAUCUUGAUUAAUGUUAAUUUCUACAUAUACUAAUCCAUUUUUAACAUUUCAAGUGGUUUAAACUUGAAUGUGCAAAUUGGCAUUAGCUAAUGUAAACAAACUGAACCUUUUUGGGAAGAGUUUUCAGUUUUUCAUUCUGCAAAAUCUCCUAGCCUUAACUGUCUCUCAUAUUGUGUUUUCUUAGAAUUAAACUAGUUAUACUGAAACAGUAUGUGUGCGCCUGUUGUUUAAAACUAGUGCAAAAGUUCAUCUCUUAGCACAUAUGCUGGUUUUGUUUUUUUCAUCUUGUUCUCUGUCAGAGUAAGCUUGUGUGCUCGGCUGCAUCCAAACGGAUUGAAAUAAUUAAUUGUGCACCCCUUUUGCAGCACAAGGACGGAGCCUUUCUUUCACCCCAGCCUUGCCUGAAGCCACCCCAUUCAACUCCCCUAACAAACCCCACAUCAAACCCGGCAGCCCAAUAAUAAUUAGCCCACACUCUUUCUCCAACCUCACCGUCUAUAAUCCACUCCCUCGUUCGCUGCUUGUCGAGGUAAAUGCGUUUACACGGGCCAGUGUGGUGCCAUUCAUUACUCUCUGUGAACAACAUAUUCAAACGGCCAGAAAAUGUGUUUCCACCAAAGGAGUUCACUUACCUAAAUUACAAACAACACCCUCUCCUGCACCCAAACUCUGACAUCCACCCCUCCAAAGGACAGCGGUUGAAAAAAAAAAAGAAGCAAUUCUUUCAAUGUCAGGGCACGGUGAAAGCCAUGAAAGAGGGGGAAAAGCAAUUCCAUCUUGUGGAUAGGGGUGCAUGAAUGAGAAUGCAGAUUAUAAUCAUAAGAAUAAUGAUAAAAUACAAGGAAUAAUCGGCCCUGCAGCAAAAGGGGAUUAGUCCGGCCAGGCGCGUGAAAGAGGGCGAGAGGCUGAAUGGAAAGAGUCUGUUGCCCAUCGCCCAGGACAAAAGGAGAGGUAUAUGCCAUUAAGUGAGAUUAGGGUUAAUAGGCCUUGAUUUUCUUACAAGGAGGUAAAAAAAGAAAAAGAAGUACAGAGGGGGGAGAGGUGGGACAGAGAAGUGGGAAAGAUCAAAGUAAGACCCUCCGACUUAAAACCCUUCUCUUUGCGAGGACGCACACACUCACUUUAACUUGCCACCUCUUACAUUUACAUAUAGCUGCCUUAUGUCCGCUGACAACUUGAAGAGAUUACCUCACUAAUUUCAGCUCACUUCAGUGCUUUUCUUAAAGCCAUCUCCUGUCCUACUCUCCUGAGGUGAUAACUUUCUCUCUGAUGAUGGUAGGCGUAUUGUGAGAAGGAUGUAGGGGUCUGCUCUCUCUUUGUGUUCAUUCUUCAGCUCAUCAGUGCAGCUAAAUCCAGCCAAAACAAAAUGAGACAAAAGAAGAGAAAGUAGAACGGGGUGUCCUAUUGUUCUCCACUAAAUGCCAAUGUGUCCUGGUAUACUUCAAUGAUAUAUGGCCUAACCAACCACUGUGUGAGUGUCUGUGUGUGCUGAAGAACUGACAUCUGCACUGUGAAUUCACAAAAUCUCAAAGUCUGAUCACAAAUGAGGAAAUGUUUGUAAAACCAGUCAAUAAAGUGUGUAUAAGAAUGUGUGUGUACAAGUUUUGAUACCAAAUUGGCAAAAAUGUCCUCAUAAAUAAAGUGAAACCU